GGCCACAGGAAGACACUGAGCCGUGGUAUUCUAAGCAAGUGUACGCAAGAUACUGGCAGCACUAUGACUUAGCCAUGCGCUGGAUGCGUAGACACCAGCGAGCCUACAGGAAAGCCCUGGAGUCCUUGUAUCACCUGCCGUGGCGUCCUUCUGCAGCAUCUCCAAGUAGCCGCUACUCAGAUUGGGAUGGGAAUUAUCUCCCACAUACCCAAAACUAUUCUUCCAGCUAUAGCCCACGUGGCAGAGCUUCGUACCGUGGGGGAGCUCGACAGUAUACAGAUGCCCCCCAAGGGAGGGAGGAUGCUGAUGGGGGCUCCGAAAUGGAGGAGGACUCCGAGUCUGAAGGGGAGAUAGAAUAUGACUUGAGUAACAUGGAGAUCACGGAGGAGCUUCGCCAGUUUUUUGCACAGACGGAGAGGCACCGGGAGGAGCUGCGGAGGCAACAGCAGCUGGAAGCUGAGCAGCAGUACGUGGAGGCUGAUCAAGACCUUCACAAAAGGAUGGAGCGGUCUGUGCAGCCACCUACGGAAAGACCUGGGGAGAGGCGAAUGGCAGAAAUGAAGAAACUGUAUGGUGCUGAAGCUGCCAAAAUCCAGGCAAUGGAGGCUGCCAUGCAGCUGAUCUUUGACAGAAACUGUGACAGAAAGCAGCCCAAAUACUGGCCCAUUAUUCCCCUUAAGCUGUGAGUACCCGGACUGUGCUCUGACCUGGGACAGUGCU